AACCUCAGCUAUCAGCCGGCUAGUAGUGCACGCUCGUAAACAACAUACGGAUCAUCACAAUUACGAUUUAAUAAUCUUUAAUUCAUAAAUCAUAAGUGGGUAAUAAUUUGUUUGCUCCAAAAAUAUAAAAAAUGUUUUAUUGAUGGAUUAUUUUAAAAAUAGUUAUCACAAUAAAUUUUUGCCUUACAAAUUAAUAAUCAAAUAGCUUUUAUUAAAAAUGUGGAAUUUAUUAUUGUUUAUAGAAAUUUUUAAUUAAUAUACGUAAAUUUUAAUUAUUUACAGUGUGACCAAAAUUAUGAAAAAGUUUCAAGACAUAAAAAUAAUUUGUGCCAGAUACUUUCAUGUGAUGUGUGUCAUUUUAUGCUUGUUUUACAAUGUGCAUUCAAAUUAAGUUUUAACUAUUCAAAUUUAUUCAAAACAAUUUAUGUAGCUGAAAAAUAAAAUCUUAAAAAAUAAAAAAAUUAUAUGGUGGUGAUUUAAUGUACUACUAGUGAAUUAGUUUGAUUAAAAAAAUAUUAGUUAAUUGAUUGAUUGAUGCGAUGGAGUCGCAGCCACUGAUCGAGACUUCGUCGCAAAAUAGCCAAGACAUAGUUUUACCAAAGCCUGCAACGAGUAUUCCGAGACAUAGCAUCGAUUAUAUUUUGAAACGUGCCGGACAAAAAAGGACUCAUCAAGAGAAUGAAGAGAUUUCACUAACAUCGAGGGACACACAAGAGAGCACUGGAGAAAACAGUUGUAAUUCGACGGGAGGCGGAAGUGAUGAAGAACUUGGAACUGGAUGUGAUGAUGCUAAUGGUACAAAUGGUAAAAAGAAACAUCGACGUAAUCGAACGACCUUCACAACUUACCAGUUACAUGAACUUGAACGAGCUUUUGAAAAGUCACAUUAUCCUGAUGUUUAUUCUCGAGAAGAACUUGCGAUGAAAGUCAGCUUACCAGAAGUUAGAGUUCAGGUAUGGUUUCAAAAUAGAAGAGCCAAGUGGCGUAGACAAGAAAAAAUGGAAGCUGCGAGGCUUGGUAUUACCGACUAUCACCAUCCAUCUGGCAUGAGAAAUGUUGGAGGUUCAGCGUUAGGCUUACCUGGAGAUCCAUGGCUUACACCACCUGGACUACUGACAGCGCUUCCUGGAUUUUUAGCAGCACCACACACAGGUUACCCAAGCUAUCUAACGUCUCCGAGACGACUACCAUCACCUCCAAAUGUAUCAGCAAUUGGAAACGGUGUUCCAAGUACGAUGAACGGGGGAAUCCCCGGAAUUAAUACAGUUGGGCAUACACAGCCGUCACCAAGUCCACCAGGUCACGAUCCAAGAACAUCUAGCAUUCAGGCCUUGAGGAUGAGAGCUAAAGAACAUGUUGAGAGUAUUACUAAAAGUUUACAAAUGGCAGGAUGAAAUUACUAUGCUGUUUAUAAUAAAAUACAAGACCAUGUACCUCCAGACAAAACGAAAGGAUGUCUUUAGAUUAUAUAUUAAUCACCGUAUAUAAAAAGUGUCAAAGUAAAGUUAUCUUACCGUCGCUGUGAACAAAAAUCUCAAAUGAGAGUUGCAAAAAUGUGCAAUAUAUAUAAAAGCGACAAUUACUUAAAACAAAAGACUACUAAAUUUUUUUUUUAACUUCCCACUAUGAAAAUCGACAAUUUUCGGAAGUUAUUUUUUAAGGAAAUAAUAUCUUUGUAAAGACACAAGUGAGAUUGAGAAAAGACAUGAGUGAUUUAUAAAAAAAAAAAUUUUUUUUUGAUCAACUACGUACAUGCCACAAACUGAUUUACAUUCAAUUACUAUUAAUUAGACAUAACCUAUAUAAAUAAUAUACAUAGAUUUAUGAAAUUAUAAAUAAAUUUGUAUGUAGAGUAUGUGUGAAGUGAUAAUUAAUAUACUGGUUAAAUUAAUUUAUUAAUUAUACCGGUCUAUGCAAAUUAUUCUAGAUAAUUUUUAGUCUAGAUAUACAUAAUGAUUAAAAUAAAAAGAAAUGAACAAAACAUGCAAAGAAUAAUUGAUAAAUAAUGGUGAAUUUUAAUUGAUUAUAUAAAUAAUAUGAUGCAGUAUUAAUAUGUUGUAAGACCGCGAAGUGUGGAUAAUAAUUGCGUAGCUAAUGAGUAAUCAGGAUGAAAAGUUUGUGCGAAAAUCAGCAUUGUAAAUUAAAGACUAUUUUGCUUGCAAUUUGCUCUCACUUAAAAGUGGUUGAGCACCGUUUUAGCAUAUACAUAACUUUGUGAUGACGCACAAUGGAUAGCAGAUGAUAUAUAUGCUAUGUCUAAAAUUGUUGUCGGAGAAUGAUAAACUUUUUUCUUUUGUCCAACUUCAUUAAAACAACAUUUCUUCUGUUUCUCCCAACAUCACCAAAAACAAAAAACUUCUAUUUGUAUAUAAUCUUGUGAUGAAAUAAAAUUCGAUGUACAUAUUUAAUUAUUUGUUUUAAUUCAUACAACCUGUCUCAUAAAUUAAUCAACUAUUUAU